CCUACGGCCUGGAAGCGCCGGUGCUUUCAAGCGGAGGUAGCACUGAGCCUGGCUGGACUCAGUGCGCUGCCAUUGGGUGCCCAAGCUGGGUCGCCCACCUCGAGCCUGCCGACUCCCCAGCGCCAGGGGCCUUCCCCCGAGCGUUGGAAAGGAAGGACACAAGGCCAUGCCUCGGCCCACUCGACCCCUCAGCGACGCGAGGCGGCUUGGCGGGAUGGCGGUGACUUCCAAAGGUGCCCGGGCUGCAGGAAGGGAAGUUGGUUCCCACGUGCUGGGAGCGGGAGGGGUGGACGUCGACCUACCCAAGAUAUUUUCCAAGGCUCCGGCUGUAAUUCGUUCCAAGACUUCGCUGAAAUGCCGGCAGAGCCUGUCUGUCCAAGAUGUCGGUCUUUUAAAGUCACUCCUCAAAUGAGCCUGUGGCCCUUGCGACUACAAAGUGAGCUUUCAGCCUUACUCUUCUAAUGAAAUGACUGGACGGUCCAUCGUAAUGGCAUACUUUUCUUUAAAGAAGCCACCACGCCACAAAAAUCAAGAAAAAACAAAGUCGGCGUUUAUCCGGAUAAGGGGCUGUCUAACCGUAUAAUUACGAGAAAGUCCCAGGUUUUAAGAAACGAGUUAUAAAACGUUGAAGAAAGGAGGGAACCCGUACACAAUAUUUGGGCGUUUAUUUUAAAACCCUUUCCUUUAAAUCCAUUGUACUGUGAGGGCAAGGGUAAAAAGUGGGACGGGAAGCGGUUCUGUUCAGCUCUGAAACCUAGCUGGCACACACCUCGUAAGUGCUGCAUAGAGAGAAGUCGAUAAAGAAGUUGGGAGGCGUCAGUGUAAAACCACAGCAGGAACCCGACGUUUAAAGCCUCAAGCCAUGGGAGCAGGUUGGCAGGACAGAUUUUAACUCGGAACGGAAUUUCCUCGAGUGCAGUUUUCUUGCCGGAGUCAGGGUCAGCUGCACCUUUCCCUAUUGCGCAGGCGCAGUGCCACUUACAAACCAUGGAAGCGGUAGGUAUACUGUGUUUAGCUGUGGUGGUCCUAACAUGGGGCUUCUUCUGGGUUUGGGAUUCCUCAGAACGAAUGAAGAGUCAGGAGCAGGCUGACCUCUUGGGAGGCGGAAGCCAUACCCUCUUGGUGAUCGCGCACCCCGACGAUGAAGCCAUGUUCUUUGCUCCCACGGUGCUAGGUUUGGCCCGCCUGAGGCACCGGGUGUUCCUGCUCUGCUUCUCUGCAGGAAAUUACUACAAUCAAGGGGAGAUUCGUAAGAGAGAACUUUUGCAGAGCUGUGAUGUUUUGGGGAUUCCACCCUCCAGUGUAAUGAUUAUUGACAACAGGGAUUUCCCAGAUGACCCAUGUGUGCAGUGGAACACAGAGCAUGUGGCCAGCAUCCUUCUUCAGCAUAUAGAAGUGAAUAGCAUCAACCUGGUGGUGACUUUCGAUGCAGGGGGAGUAAGUGGUCACAGCAAUCAUGUUGCUCUGUAUGCAGCUGUGAGGACCCUGCACUCAGAAGGGAAGUUACCUAAAGGGUUCCCUGUGCUCACACUUCAGUCUGUGAGCGUGCUGCGCAAGUACCUCUCCCUCCUGGACCUGCCCUUUUCUCUGCUUGGUACCUGCGACGUCCUCUUCGUGCUCACCAGCAAAGAAGUAACAAGGGCCAAGAGAGCCAUGUCCUGCCACCGCAGCCAGCUUCUCUGGUUCCGCCAGCUCUAUGUGUUCUUCUCCCGGUACAUGAGAAUCAACUCUCUGCACUUCCUCUGAAGCCUGGAAGCCUUUUCUGAUCCAAGGAACAAAGAGAAAAAAUACCAGGAAGCCCAGGGACCUGGUCUGGAGCUGGCUUUUCUCCCUGAGCCAAAAGAGAUCCCAACCUAAGGUGGCCUCCAAGAACUCUGCUCAUCAGUACUGGUCAGACCCUAAUAAAAGGGAGGCCCUAUAGGCCAAUGAGCUGUCUAAACUUCAGCUUCUUCCUGUGGGGAAAAAAAAGCACAACAACCAAAAACAAUUAACCCAAAGAUAAUAAUAGCUACCCUGCUAGCUUCUCAAGUUCUUAAAAAUAAUGUACAUAAUGACACAAUGUAUGUCUAACACCUACCACAGAAUCUAUUAUUGUAAAUAAAUGUACAAGUGCUCUAAAAUCA